UCUACUUCACAUAAACAUCGGAGUUGAUAGAUAAGUGCAAAACAGCAACCUGAUUUCAGUGAUCCUGGAUACAUUCCAAAUGUUAGCAGUGUUUAUUUUCAGAAAAUGCAAAAUGCGUGGUUGAGUAAUAGUGGCGCUGUGGGUUAACUGAUUCUUUUUUGCCAGAACUAAUACGUAAAAAAUGGCGAAUAAUACAUUUUCUUCCAGUUCUGUGAGUCUGAAAAUCGGCUUUUUAAUUUUGUUAGUUGUUACGAUAGUUCACAUAAUUGGAUUUUCUAUACCAAGAUGGAUUACACUGGAAAUAAAUUUUAGGCAGCGCUACCCCGAAUCUGCAUACCACGGCGGUCUCUGGCAACACUGCGGAUGUGCUUCCGUUAUAAGGUCUGGUGUGUGCCUUUGUGUCUCAAGGACAAAUGAUCCAGGAUGGUUUAAGAUUGUACAAACUACAGAAACACUUGGUCUCAUUGGUCUGGUUUUAUCGGUGUUUAUAUCUGCAAUCAUGCUGUUCUACAAACAAAACAAACGACACAAGACUCUUAACAUCUGCUGUAUGAUACUGUCAGGUUUGUUGAUUUUCAUUGGUGUGAUCUGGUUUGGGAUCAAGUCUAGGGAACCUUUGGACGCAUUUACCAGAUCUUCCAGCCAUUUCUAUGAGGAAAUUCCCGUGGGAAAAUUAAGUUAUGCUUAUAUUCUCUGCAUUAUUGCGGGAUUUCUCUGUAUAUUUGUGUGCACGCCUCUCUUUUUCUACGACUUGUACUCGCACAGACCACCACCACCUGAAACACAAGUUUAUUAUACACUUCAAGGUCAAAUUCAUGUUCCUCAGCACGGAAAUACAUUUGGUGGUCAACAACCGUUACUGAUACAGGCGCAGUACGGACCACCGCCCGCGUAUGAACAGUACUACCAGUCUGACAACAGUGGACUACCGUAUAAAUCGUAACCAUUUUUCUACAUUUUCAGAGUCGUUUGUUAUAUAUGAGCAUAUUUUAACUCUUUGAAAGAAAGACAUUUGCCUCAGUAAAAAAGACAGUAAUAAAGUAUUGUUGUAGUUGACAAGUUAUCAUAUCGUUCCCGCUUCUAAUAGUCAUAGCAACAAGGCUUCAAAAGGGACGCGAAUAGUAUAUACAUUUAAUCACCUAUAGAACAAAAAAAAAAGAGAAUUGUUAAGAGAAUAUUGAUCAAAGUAAUGAAAUUAUAAUUAUUUAUUAUAACUCCAAAGUUUUCUCCAUUAUGUUGUGUAUUAUUUAACAUAAAUUAAUAUGUAUUUAUUGGCUGUUAUAAUAAACGUAGAUUGUUC